GUCCUCAGCGGCGUCUGCUUUGUGGGCAUCAACAACGUGGACGCCCUGCGGGGCUUCGUGCUGGCCCCCUUGUUCGUCUACCUGUUCAUCGGCACAUCCUUCCUGCUGGCCGGCUUCGUGUCCCUCUUCAGGAUCCGGACCAUCAUGAAGCACGACGGCACCAAGACGGAAAAGCUGGAGAAGCUCAUGGUGCGGAUAGGCAUCUUCAGCGUCCUCUACACAGUGCCGGCCACCAUCGUCAUUGCCUGCUAUUUUUACGAGCAAGCUUUUAGGGAACAGUGGGAGAGGAGCUGGGUCACACAGAGCUGUAAGAGCUACGCCAUCCCCUGCCCCAACAACCACAGCAGCCACCACCCGCCAAUGAGCCCCGACUUCACCGUCUUCAUGAUCAAGUAUCUCAUGACCUUAAUCGUGGGCAUCACCUCGGGCUUCUGGAUCUGGUCUGGGAAAACCCUGAACUCCUGGAGGAAGUUUUACACCAGGCUCACCAACAGCAAGCAGGGCGAGACCACCGUCUGAGACCCCUGCCUGCCGGGCCAGGGGGAUGUUGGGUGGCCGGAGGAGCGGGGCUCUGCCUUGGGAAGCAGCUCCUUAUCCCGCCUGGGCAAACUUUGGGGACCGCAAGUCGCUUCCGCAGGCG